UGCAUCAGAAAUUGAGGCUGAAAAAGGCUGCGACGACCGUAUGCCAUUUUCUUCUGAAGAUGGAUCGAUCAAAACAGCCAGAAGUUGGAGGUUUAGAAGCUUCAUUACUUCAACUGAUGCAUGCUCAUAAUCAAUCAUCAAUCCAACUCCGGGAACAUACAGACAAGGCAAAGAAAGAUGCAAUUGAAAUUGCCAAAAGGGUUUCUGCGCUUUUAGUUGAUUCGGUUGAUGGAGGUGUUCAACAAGCCUUUAUCACGGAGAAAAGGAUAGAAAUGGAAAUUCGAGCAUUGACAGCUGCUAUUGUCCAAUUUGGGAAGCAGACUGAUCAGUGGCUAGCAGCUUCUCAUGCUAUCAAUACAGCAAUCAAGGAAAUUGGAGACUUUGAGAACUGGAUGAAGACAAUGGAAUUUGACUGUAAAAGCAUUAGUGCUGCAAUCUACAACAUUCACCAAUCAUGAGAUCACUAGGGGGACUUUAGACUUAAUGCAAUGACUUUGGCAAAGGAAAAUGAACAUCAUCCUUCUGCCACAGCAAAGUGUUAGCGUCAGUUUCUAUGCACUUCUAGUACUUUGCAUGAUGAGCCAUUUAAAUCAGCAAAGAGUUCGAGAGAUUCUUACAAUUGCCUGCCAAGCUUGUUGAAGCUAUUGCCUGAUGGUGGGAUAAUCUCAAUCUCUGGAGCAAGAGUGGCUUCCUGGAAAGCAUCGGAUCUACUUAUUCCUGCUUUUUUGGGGUUUGCAUAGUUGAUGAUUGCAAAGGAUCACUUAGUUCCAGAAUCGUACAUCUGAUGGGAUCACUUUAUUCCUGAGUUGAUAUUCAUGUUUACCUAUAGAUUAGUUUUCCGGUUUAUUAUAGGCAAAACAUUUUGGCUUAUUAUCUGCAUUUCAUCCUUCAACGAGAGUCUUAUUUCUAGUCAAUACUCUUUACUAUUAGUGUCUUUUCUUUCAAGAUGCCAAGAAUGGAUUUUUACUGUGAA